AGAUGCGGCAAGACGUAAUCACGGUCUUAUCAAUUGAUAAUAUAACACCAUACUUAAAAAUUUUUUAAAAGUUUGCGCUUGAUAUAAAAGCAAUUGGAGUAAGUGAUCAAAGUCAAACAAUCACAAUGUUUCGCUCGUGCAUCCUCAUUGCGGCGUUGAUCGCUCUGACCGGCUCAAACUCGGUCCAGGUAGAUGGUAAAGAUUGGUAUAAGAACAGUCUGGUGUAUCAGAUCUAUCCAAGAAGCUUCAAGGACAGCGAUAAGAAUGGCAUUGGCGAUUUGCGAGGUAUCACGAGCAAGUUGGAUCACGUAAAGGACAUUGGCGCCGAUGCGCUAUGGAUGUCACCGAUCUUUAGCAGCCCGCAGGCUGAUUUCGGAUACGACGUUUCUAAUUAUACCGAUAUUGAUGACGACUACGGUACCUUAGAUGACUUUGACGCUCUCGUGGCGAAAGCAAAGAAACUUGGACUGAAAGUAAUCCUUGAUUUCGUGCCGAAUCAUACCUCUGACGAGCAUCAAUGGUUCAAAAACAGCGUCAAAGGGCUAAAGCCCUACGACGAAUACUAUGUCUGGCGUGAUCCGAAAGAAGUAAAAAAAGACGGCACACCAGUACCACCAAACAACUGGAUGAGCGUUUUUGGAGGUUCCGCUUGGAACUAUAGCGAGGUGCGAAAACAGUUUUAUCUGCAUCAGUUCGAUCCUAAACAACCAGACCUCAACUAUCAUAGCAAUGCGCUACAAGAAGAAAUGAAAAAUGUGUUGACUUUCUGGAUGGACCGGGGCGUGGAGGGCUUUCGUAUUGACGCUAUCAACCAUAUGUACGAAGAUUCCCGAUUUUUGGACGAGCCGUCAAGUAACAGAUCUGAUUUACCAGAGGAUGACUACGAUAUCCUGGACCACAUUUAUACGAAAAAUCUUCCUGAGACUUACGACGUUCUCCAGAGCUGGAGACGUUUGAUGGAUGAAAAUCCGACGACCGCUAAUACUAAGAUGAUCCUGACCGAAGCCUAUGCGGACUUCGAUCUUACUAUAAAGUACUAUAAGUCGGGCUCAACGGUGCCGUUCAACUUCAUGUUUAUAGCAGAUCUAAACAAUAAGUCCAAAGCAAACGAUUUCAAGAACUCUAUUGAUCGCUGGAUGAAGAAUAUACCUGACGGUCCAGAAUAUGUUGCGAAUUGGGUAGUGGGCAAUCACGACAAUCAUCGCGCGGCUUCCAGAUUCGGCGAACAACGAGCCGAUCAACUUUCCAUGCUGGCGAUUGUUUUACCUGGUGUGAGUGUGAUUUACAACGGUGAUGAGAUCGGUAUGCUUGAUACAAAGUUCACAUGGGAAGAAACCAAAGAUCCUGCUGGACGCAGAGCUGGACCAGAUAGAUUUGAGGAGAAAUCGCGAGAUCCGGAAAGAACGCCUUAUCAAUGGGACAGCAGCCCUAAUGCCGGCUUCUCUGAAGCCGAGAAGGACAAGCUUUGGCUUAAAGUGAACGAGAAUUACGAGAGUCUAAAUUUGGCAAAGCAAAAAGAUGAUUUAAUCUCUCAUUAUAAAAUAUUCAAGCUUUUGAGUAGACUAAAGAAGAAGCCUGUCAUAGAACAGGGCUCCUUGAAGACUGCGGUGUAUUGUGCUGAAUGUUUUCCCGUCGAUAAUGUUCUAGGGGUGGUACGGCGACACGGAAAAUCUGUCGUAGUGCUCAUGGUGAAUUUCGAAGAUGACAAGCCGGUCACAGUCAACGCUAAGCUCAACGCUAAGCUCUGGCUGAAUAUUCGAGAGCAAUUGAUUAUCUAUGCACCUAGCCUAAACUCCAAACUGCUUCCAGGAACGAGCGUCGAUAUGACUUCUGUCACUCUGCCCGCUGCGGCUUCUGUUGUGUUCGUUACAUCAGAUUUGUUUGAAUAAAUUAAUGCUUAUUCAUGUAUCUACAAAAUGUACAUUUUUGUUUGACAGAUUAAAUUUUAUUUCAAUCGGA